CACGUACAAGGGCAACAUUAAACCGUUACACAAUUUUCAAGACCAGUCUUGGUUGACCUGUCGUUCAGGAAAGCUUGAAAUAGAAGAAACUAUUUUAAUUAAGAUAAUUCGUUAUCUUAUCAGCAUUAAAAAUUAUAUUUUCUUAUGUUUUUAGAAGUAUACUAAGUGUCGAAAGAAAUUAUCUGUGAUUUAAGUUCAUCUCUGUUAAAAAAAUCAAUAAUGAAGGCACCUGCAAGUUUCUUCAUGCUUCUUGUAAUUAACGAGAUGUCCGCUACCGUCAUGCAGAGACCUCCCACGUUUGCAACCCUCAUGUUUUCAGAUUCUUAUUUACCAGCGACAAUGCAGGUAAUAUUUUACGCCGUUGAGCAGUUGAGGCAUCUGCAACUGGAAGAAAACGAAUAUAAUUCAAAUAUUUUAAUUUCUUCGAGUGCCAGUCCUCCUGGGUUAACAACAUGGCAAACUAUUAGCAAAGCUCUUGAAGAUAUUGAAUUUACGACAUUUGCGCCAGAAAUAUCUACUAAAUAUCAGUCAACAAUUACUACAAAGAUGCUUGAAGUUAAAAAUAAAAAUCUUAGAUUCAAUUCUGAAACAUCUAAAGCCACUCAAGUCAUGUUAAACACACAUUCCGGUAAAUCCGACGUAGUUCGUCAAAAUCACUUUAAGGUUGAGAAUAUCAUGGAAACACUCAGUGAUUCUUCUGAUGUUCAAGUUAGGAGUGAAACUUUCAAGCUAUCGGAUUUAUUUUCGAGCUAUAAAAACACGUCACCUUUAAAUAAAGUAAUAUUCAAGAAAAGAAAUAGCGAUGGAAAUAAAAUAUUUCUCAUGCAGGACAAUCUAGGAGGCGAAGAAAAAGAAACGAGAUUCACACUGUUAGGAGAAAGGGUUACUAAAGAACCUAGACCAAGUUUAAUCAGCUACUUGAAACUUUCUGCAAUGCCACUCAGGGCAUCUUUACAGCAACUGGCAUCACUCUAUGAUGUUUUAAACAAGGACGCUAAGAAGCAGGGAUUAGCUAAGUACGCAGGAUAUUCGGAUGAAGUUUUAAACAUUUUGGAAACGUCGGUUGGCGGUGGUAUUGGACCACAGCUUAAACAUAUUUUAGAAAACACUUUGGAACGCAAUGAACUUACCCGGGAGGAUUCAAAAGUACAAGCUCAAGAAGUCCUCUUAAAACUUAAAGAUUCUGGAAGCCGCUUGAGUACAGAUCUUCGACAUUUAUUUCCUCUCCGUUAUGUCCCAUAAAUAAAUAAACAAUCUCUAGAAUUUUAUUUUAUAAGAGCCAUUACACAAAUAAAAGUGAAAAAAUUUUUAAUUCAUAAUAAAUUAUAAUUUUAAUUCAAAAAUCAGUGGGGAAUUAUAUUGACCCUCGAGAAAUUUUUUUUGAAUAAUUUUAGGUGGACAUUGUCUAAGGGGUCACAGUGAUUGAAUUUAAUUAGAUUUUUAUUAUUAUUAUUAUUAUUAUUAUUAUUAUUAUUAUUAUACUAGUAAGCUAUAUCCCUUUUGAAGUAAACUUUACUCGCUCCGUUCUAUCUGGGGAUAAGUCGAGGAAAGUGAUGAAAUAUGUGAUGAAAUAUGACAAACUCUGUUCUGUAACCCUAUGACAUUAGUUUUGUAUCACACAUGUACCCAUGUUAUAAUAGUGUUGUUAUAUAAAUAUAUACUACUUACGGAAUAGUCAUAAGAUAAUAAAUUUGC